UUACUAUUUCUCUCUCACUUUUCUUCAGAAACAACAAUAAGUGGCUCUCUUGUCUCUGGGUUUUCAUUUCUCAUUUUCUUGUUAGUAUGAGAUUAGUGUUUGGGUUUUCUGCUAGUACCAGUGAUUGAUUGAUUGUUUAGAAAACAAGAAGAAGAAGAAUUGGUGGUGUUGAAUAUAGUUAAGGAGGGAUAAAAGAAGAGAAUUUGUGUUCUUUUUUGGGUAAAUUUGAUGGCUGAAAGUGAUGAAGUUACUCUCAUGGAUUCAAAGUUGGUGGUUCCACUCAAUACAUGGAUCCUCAUUUCAAAUUUCAAGUUAGCGUAUAAUCUCCUCCGACGACCCGACGGCACAUUCAAUCGUCACUUAGCUGAAUAUCUCGAUCGGAAAGUCACUGCAAAUGCUAAUCCAGUUGACGGGGUCUUCUCAUUCGACGUUCUUAUCGAUCGUGCGACGAAUCUUCUUAGUAGAAUUUACAGACCAGCUUUGCCCGGUAAUCCUCGUCCCUCUAUAGUGGAGCUUUCGAGUCCGUUGAGUAGUGAAGAAGUUGUGCCAGUUAUUAUCUUCUUCCAUGGUGGUAGUUUUGCACAUUCAUCUGCCAAUAGUUGUAUAUAUGAUUCGCUUUGUAGACGUCUAGUGCGAUUAUGCAACGCGGUUGUAGUGUCUGUGAAUUAUCGCCGAUCGCCGGAGAAUCGAUACCCGUGUGCUUAUGAUGAUGGCUGGGCUGCGCUGCAAUGGGUUCAUUCUAAAUCAUGGCUUCGUAGUGGCAAGGAUUCUAAGGCUCAUGUGUAUCUAGUUGGUGAUAGUUCAGGUGGGAAUAUGGUUCAUCAUGUUGCAAUGAGGGCAGUGGAAUCCAAGACUGAAGUGUUGGGUAAUAUUUUGUUGAAUCCGAUGUUUGGUGGAAUGGAAAGAACUGAAUCGGAGAAGAAAUUGGAUGGGAAGUAUUUCGUUACGAUUAAUGACCGGGAUUGGUAUUGGAGAGCAUUCCUCCCUGAAGGAGAAGACAGAGAUCACCCGGCCUGUAACCCGUUUGGUCCGAAUGGCAUGAGUUUAAAGGGGAUGAAAUUUCCAAAGAGCCUAGUCGUAGUUGCAGGUUUGGAUCUUGUUCAAGAUUGGCAAAAUGCUUAUGCUAAAGGCCUUGAGAAGUAUGACCAAGAUGUGAAACUAUUGUACUUGGAACAGGCUACGAUAGGUUUCUACUUGUUGCCGAAUAAUGAUCACUUCUAUACCGUCAUGGAGGAAAUCAAAAACUUUGUGAGUUCUAACUGUUAAUAGACUUAGGUUUCUACUUACAAAAUUCAGCCUAUACAUGACAAAAGCUUUGACAAUUCACUCGGGGUUACGUUUUUUUUCCUUCUUUCGGGUUGAUUUGGAGUCUUAAUAGUAUUUGUGUAUUACUACUAGUAGUAUUUACUAAAUGUAUCAUCUUUGUGGUGGCGGCGGCUAUUGUAAUGGUAAUGGUGGCGUCAAGAUCUGCACGGUUUAACUGGUACGUCUUCUUCAUGUGUGGGUUUUGUCGUGUUCGGUUGCUGCAGAGAAUGUUAUUCGAAAUCAGAAGCCGUUUGAUGUAGCAGAACAGAUGCAAUUUUCGUAAUUUAAUUGUGUAUGUAUGUUCAGAGAAGUCACUGAUUCCCGAGCAGCUUCAGUGCGUUGAAACUGUUUUACAAGAAUGGCUUCGGAAGCCCCACCGGAAUGUAGUAGUAGUAGUAGUAGUAGUAGUAGUAGUGUUGCUCUUACCUCUUCUAACUUCUAACAAGGUAGAAAGGGGAAGAAGAUUUGGAAUAGGCAGGGGGUUAAAUAUGUUUUUGGGCGUUCGUUCGAUCGACUGUGAUCGUUCCCUGGCUAAUUUCAUUGUUGUUAAGUACUAAUUCCAAUUUCAUGGAUGAGGAAACAUCCAUGAAGUUGAUAAGUUUAUGUUGUUGUUAUACUUAUGUGUUCUGAGAAAAUCGAAUAUAUAAAAGAUGUUUGUUUAUUUUC